UGGCUACUACAAUCCAACACCGCAAAUGGACGACAUCUGAAGUGGGGGCUGGAACUAUCAAGAUGGACACUGGAAAUCCACCGGACUCAGAAAGAUGAGGACGGCCUUGCAGCCAUCCUUGGGUAUGGUAUUACUCCCAGAGAACAUCUAGAUGAAGUUGCAGAAACCCUGAUUCCUGCCAAGGGGCGUCUGAACGUGAUGCCACCAGUUAGUCUGGAAAUGUUGGACGCAGACUACGAAGGUUACGUGCUGAGUUUUGAUGGCGCGGCGAAGGUUUCUAUUCGCCGAAGAAGUUGUGGAUGUAUACUGUGGGAGCUGCCAGGAUGGCAGGUCGUGAAAGCUGAAGGACACAUCCUCGAAGGCGUGACAGUCAAUGAUGCUGAAUAUCAUGGCCUGAUUCUGCGACUAAAGCUCGCACUGAAGUACGAUGUCGAGGAGCUUGUGGCAGUCGGAGAUUCCAGGAUUCUCGUCCAACAUGCUCAGGGUCUGAUCAAUUGCAACCAGCCCAACCUGCAACGACGCUUUAUGAAGAUCUCAGGAAGGAUUUUGUUUAAAUUGAUUCAUGUUAAACGUGAGUUUAACCAAGCGGCCGACUACCUGACCUCUAAGACUCUCGUGCUCGGAGAAUCCUGGGAUCUCGACGAUCCCGAUGAGAUCGUGCACCUACGCCUCGUAUCCAGGAUCACUGAAAAGAUCAUGAAGCCUUCGGAAGUCCUAAGUACCCCUGUGACUGAUGCGGUUCGCUCGGACCAAGUCGAAUUGGGGACGUGUAACUCUAAAGCCGAAAUACCUGAGUCCUUAGCUACCGCUGCUGAAGCAUUGCUAGUGAUGACGAGGUCACGAACGGAGCCGGGCGAGAAUCAAGGUUCAUCAAGACGGGGACUAGGAGAUCCAGCAAAUGAAGAAGGUCCUAAAAGGGGACGUGCCAGAUCUUCCACGGAACCAGGUAAAGAGGUAAAGAAGGUUGCAAAGAUCUCUGAUCAGUUUGUGUUAGAUUUGCGAGAUGUCCUCUACAGGCUGAGCACGCCCACUCCCGAGAGACCUCGUAACAAACAGUCGGAACUCAGGCUGGUAGUCCCAGACACUUUACGUGCCGACAUGUUACACUACUCGCACGAAGACUUCGGAGGCGGCCAUCAAGGAAUCAACAGGACGUUUGAGCGAUUACGUUCAGAGUUCUACUGGAUCGGGAUGUACGCUGAUGUACAGAAGUUCGUGAGAGAUUGCGUAGAUUGUGCGUCAGCCAAGGGGCGACCACCGGUUCUCGGCCCAUCACCGGGCAAUAUCGAACCAAAAUAUCCGUUCGAGGUGGUCUCUAUGGAUUUCGUCACGGAGCUACCUGAGUCCGACCGUGGCAAUACCUACUUGUUUCUGUUCCAGGAUCAAUUUUCAGGAUAUGUCAUGUGCAAACCUAUGCGGAAUACCGAAGCCCAAGAUGUCGCUGAGGCGUACGAAGAGUGUGUAUUCAGAAGAUUUGGGGCGAGUUUAAUGAUCAGGCAUGAUCAGGACCCCCGUUUCAUGAGCAAGGUCCUUGCUAGAUUCAGAGACAUGUUGAAACGUAAGCAGCGUGCGACGUUAGGAUAUCGACCUCAGGCCAACGGGCAGCAAGAACGCUCAGCCCAAACGGUAAUGCGAAGUGUCAGAGCGUACGUCGCUGAAGUUGACCAGAGCGACUGGGACGAGUAUGCAGAACGUAUCAUGUUUGCCCUGAAUACCUCAUUCGUCGCUGCAAGGUUGGACACUCCGUUUUACCUGGUUCACGGGUGGGAUGCCAAGGUAACCAUAUCCGCAAUGCUGGGCCCGAAGCCAUCCACAGUCCAUGAACGAACGGCCUUGGACUAUGCUCUCGCGUGUGCUAAAGACUUGCAAAAGAAGGCAAAGCGUGCGAGAUCUGCUGCACAGACUCGUAAGUGGAGAGAACUCUCAGAUCGCGUGAGGGCAGGUUUCGAAGCCGGUGAUUCUGUAUGGUUGUACAUUCCAGAGUCCGCACAGGAUUGA